AUGGCGGCAUCAUCUGUGUCCACGGGUGCCGAAACCCUCAGGCCAACAAACAUCAAUAUCCCUCCUACAAGCAGCACCGUUGCUGGUGACGAUGAAGGUCCAACCUCGCCACGCUCAUGGCGACAUCGCACAGUCACGUAUCAGCCUCCUUCGCGCAUACAGACGACAGGCAGUCUCGAUGCUGAAGACUACUUUAUCGGACCUCGCGAUAUGGCUAAGCACUCGAAGUGGCCAAUCUUUUUUCGCAUGCAUGGUUCCGUCUUGCCAAAGAUGAUCAUUCCCUUGCUUGUUGUCACUCUCUGGUCCACGGCGAUCACCGUCAUCUCCAAGAAGGUGUAUCCUUUAAACGUCAGCAACUUGCUGUUGACGGUCCUCGGUUUCGUCGUUGGUCUCGCGAUCUCGUUCCGCACUAGCUCCGCCUACGAACGGUAUACAGAAGGCAGGAAGUACUGGAGUCAGCUGCAGCUUGUCAGCCAGAACUUGGCGCGUACUGUGUGGAUCCACACCGAUGAACGCGAGGGCGAGUUGGGCAAGGAAGACCUUUUGGCUAAAUUAACGGCUCUGAACCUUCUCAAUGCGUUUGCGUGUUCCGUCAAGCACAGACUCCGCUUCGAGCCUGGUAUCGACUACCCUGACCUGAAGGAACGCAUUGAGUACCUCGAUACUUUUGCCAAGGCUGCUGAAAUCGACAUUCCCAAGGCCCGCGAGUACAGCAAAUUGAAGUCCACUGGCGAGUACUUGGGCGUCACCUUCGCCGAGUCGAACCCCCGCAAGAGGAUCAAGCGCUCCAAGAAGCCUCUCGGUAACCUGCCUCUCGAGAUUCUCAACCAUUUCUCCGCCUACGUCCACAGCAUUAUCAACAACGAGACCCUCAAGAUUGGUCUCUACCAGAACCAAGCUAUCACUGGUGUCGUCGCUCUCAACGAGUGUCUCGUCGGUCUCGAUCGCGUCCUCAACACACCUUUGCCCAUUGCCUACUCCAUCGCCAUCUCGCAGAUUACAUGGGUCUACGUUAUGGUGUUGCCUUUCCAGCUGUUUGCUUCGCUCGAGUGGAUCACCAUCCCUGGUACCAUCUUCGCUGCUUAUAUCAUCCUUGGUCUCUCCGCCAUCGGUCGCGAAGUUGAGAACCCCUUCGGCCACGACGUAAACGAUUUGCCGCUCGAGGCCUUCUGUGAGGAGUUGGAGAUGGACAUCGACUGCAUCACCGCACAGCCUGCACCCACGACAUUCGAGUUCAUGCGCCGCGAGGGCAACAUGCCAAUCUGGCCUUUGAGCUACAAGAGCUUCAACGGCUGGGCUGGACGUAGCAAGCAAGAUAUCCGCGAUGCGCUGUUGACAAAGACCAAGGCGGAUAUGGUCGUCAGGAAGAGCUUUGCAGUACCAAGGACUGAGAGCGACAUUGACGAGAAGGAGUCUCAACAAGUGCAGCAGCAGCAACAUCAGGACGCAUGA